AUGGGGUGUAAUGACGAUAGUAAGAAAAAAGCAGAGGAACAAGAUAAAGAGCUAGAUGAAGAAAUAAAGAAAAUGAGCUUCGAUGAGAAGAUAAAGAGUGCGCUUGAUUUAAAGUUAGAUGGUAAUAAUGAUUUUAAAAAUAAACAUUAUGAAAAUGCUAUUAGUAAAUAUAAAAAAGGUUUAAAAUAUAUAAAAGAUAUGGAAAAUAAGAAUGAUAAAAUAAAAGAACUUGAGAUAGCUUUAUUUCUUAACCUAAGUAUAUGUUACUCUAAUAUAGAAAAAUAUAAUGAUGCACAUGAAUAUGUAACAAAAGUUUUAAAUAUCGAUAAAACAAAUAAAAAAGGUAUGUUUAGAUUAUGUCAAAUAGAAUUUAAUAGAUGUAGCUUUGAUGUUGCUAAAGAAAAAAUCCAAGAGUUUUUGAAAAUUUAUCCAGAAAAUAUUGAUGCAAAGAAGUUAUUAAAAAAUGUUAUGAUUAAACAAAAUGAACAUAAUAAAAAACAAAAAGAAGCUUUUUCAAAAAUUUUUGAAAAAGCAUCAGGAUUAUAUGAAGAUAGGGAAAAAGAAAUAAUACGAAAAAAACGAGAAAAAUAUGAGCAAGAUAUGAAAUCAAAAAGAGAAAGAAAUGAAGAUAUCAUAAGUUUUGAGGAAUGGGAAAUUCAAGAAAAUGAAAAAAGAAAAAAAGAAGAUGAAGAACAGAAAAAAAAACAAAGAGAAAAAGAAAUGGAAAGAGAAAAAGAAAGAGAAAAAAAUAAUAAAAAAAAACAACGUAAUAAAAAAAAUGAAUCUAUAUCUUCAAAUACAACACAUAAUUCAUCAGAUCUAGAAAUCGAUGAAGAAGAUCAAAAAAUAAUUAAUGAAACAAAAAAAAUGGGUUAUUGUUAUUUUAAAAAAGAUAUUAAAGAAGAUGAUAAAAAAUUAUUUGAAAAAAAUAUACCAAGAAAAAUAGAAGAAGCACAUGAUCUUGAUUUAAAUUCACAAAAAAAUUCAAACAAAGCUAUAUCCUCUUGGAAUUCAGGAGGUACAACUUAUGAAGAAAAAGAUAUGACAAAAUGGGUAAAAAAUAAAUUAGAUUAUUAUUUAAAAAAUAUUAGUUUUAAAAAUACAGAACAAUCCGAUUAUUUAAAUUUAAAUAAUCAAAAUGAAUUUAAUUUAACAAAUUUAAAUUAUCCAGAAAUAUUACCUAUACAAUAUUUAAAUAAAAUAAAAAUAAGUGAAGUUAAAGAUUUAACAGCAGAUGCUCAAAUUGUUGUUAUACGAGGAACAAAAAGACAUAUAUUUGAAUUCUCUUCGAAUUUACAUAUAUCACUUUAUAUAAAUUUACCUGAAUUUCAUGUUCAUAAAAUUAUUGUACAAAUUAAAGAAUUAUCUAGCGAAUUAGAAGCUGGAAAAACAUGGAAAAAUUAUAUUUUUAUAAAAAAAAAUGAUAAAUUAAAAAUACCUGAUAAAUUAUUUGAUAAUAUAUAUAGCUUUGUGGUUACUAAUAUAGAAAGCCAAGUUAAAAAAUUUACAGAGGAAUACAGCACAAUGUAA